GGAGUCUGGUGUUCUAUGCAGGAAGUUGAUGAUCUGACGCUCAGGAGAUUCCUACGUGCCCGUGAUCUUGAUAUUGAGAAAGCUGCUUGCCUAUUCCUCAAGUACUUAAAAUGGAGGCGGGCCAAUGUCCCGGAAGGUUUCAUUGCUGAGGCUGAGAUCGAAAAACAGCUCUCUGAUAAGAAGGUGUUCAUGCAAGGAUCCGAUAAGAAGGGUCGUCGCAUAGUAGUUGCUUGCGGCGCUAAGCAUUUCUCCUCCAAACGGGAUUUAGAUGAAUUCAAGCGUUUCGUAAUAUACACUCUGGAGAAGAUAUGUGCCAGUAUGCCGAGUGGACAGGAAAAGUUCAUUGCCAUUGGAGAUCUCGAAGGGUGGGGAUAUUCCAACAGCGACAUCCGUGCGUAUGUAGCAGCUCUUGACAUCAUGCAGAAUUACUACCCGGAAAGGCUUGGAAAGUUGUAUCUUGUCCACGUACCUUCCAUAUUCAUGGCCGCAUGGAAGACGGUGUACCCAUUUAUUGAUCAGAACACCAAGAAGAAGAUCGUUUUUGUUGAAAACAAGAAAUUGAAAGCAACAUUGUUGGAGGAUAUUGAUGAGAGCCAAAUCCCUCAGAUAUAUGGUGGUAAACUCACGUUAGUUCCCAUUCAAGAUUCAACAUAGUAGCCCCUCGCCUGUUUUUUUUUUUUUUUUGGGGUCCCUUGUAGCAUGUCAUAUUGAUAAGUGAAUCAGAACCGUUCAUUUUACUAACAAUGCUGAUGAUGCAUUAUACGAUGCCCUAUUUGAGAAUACUGACAGUCUGCUUGAGUUGGUUCUCUUA